AUGUUGCCGCCAGAAAAGUUGUGGUGUCACAGACGCGUCACGCACUCGCCGCGUUUGAUGUACAUCCAUGCCUGGCAAGAGUACCAGGACAAGGCGGAGGCGCUCUACGCUGCCAGCCCAAAUAACACGCGCUACUGCGUGAAAUGGAGGGGCUCCGAUGGAAAGCUGGUUCUCAAAAUCACCGACAACACCACAUGUCUCAAAUUCAAGACAUCCAGCUCCGUGUUUCUUAACCGAUUCGAGGCGCUCAAUCUUGCGCUUAUUCAGAAGAUGCAGAAUCGGCGACAACAGCCAACUACGACGUCCAGUGAAACGCCAGCGGCUGAUACGAAUACGACUACGAGUACCCAGCAACCAGCGGCAGCUGCCAGUGGGGCAGUCCCCACAGCUGCUGGUCCGGCCUCAGGCGGGGUAAAGAAGAAGAAACCGAAGAAGAAAAAGUAUCAUUUCCUAGCCGAAACCACCAUGUCGCUGGAAGACACCCCACUCCUCGCGUCGGCCGCUGAACUCGCCCACGAGGCUGUCUACAGUCGAUUCACGCCCUCGCGAAAACGCAUCAUCGUCUCCCUCGUCAGCUCCAGUGCUAUCCUCCCAAUGUUUGCGAGUGGCUCGUUUAUACCCUCCAUCCCGCAAAUUGCCAAAGAUCUGGACACGACUGGGGAAGUCGUCAGUUUCGCAGUGAGCAUUUCGAUCAUUGGCGCUGCCCUUGGUGCCAUGAUAUUUGCGACAUACUCUGGUUUCUACGGGCGGCGGCCAAUGUACCUCUGUGGCCUUCCUUUUCUAUGUUUUGGCUCUCUUGGUGUUGCGCUCUCCCGUACCGUCUCGCAGCUGCUUGUCUUCCGCUUCAUCCAAGCAUUCGGCACGUCUGGCGGUUUCGCCGUCGGCGCCGGGGUCAUCGGCGACAUCUACAAGCUCACCGAGCGGGGCACCGCGAUGGGCAUAUUCUUCUCAGCGUCCCUGGUGGGAAAUGCUAUAUCGCCUAUCGUCGGAGGCUGGGGAGCGAAAUACUCCUCUUGGCGGAACGUGCAGCUUGGCCUGUUCGUCGCGGGCCUCCUUGUCUAUUUAGGCAUGCUUACUCAGCUGCCCGAGACGUCCCAUCCUGGCACGCUGGGCAUCGAAAAACUUGACGCACAACAAACAAACAGCACUCGUCGCAAGUCCCGAUGGGUGUGGCUCAACCCGUUUGCGUGCAUGUACCUCCUCCGUGGGCCCAACUUGUUGCUUGUAACUGUAGCGGGCUUCACUGUGUUAUAUACGGACUACGCGCUGCUCAUACCCAUAGCAUACACACUGGGGAAACGCUACGACAUCACAAACGAGGCCAUAAUCGGCGCCUUAUUCUUCCCUAUGGGCGUGGGUAACAUUCUCGGGGCCCCACUGGCGGGAAUUAUUGCUGACCGAAUGGUCAUCAAAUGGCGCAAACUCCGUAACGGCGUCUGGGUGCCAGAGGACCGCCUCCGCGCCACACUCUGGGGUGGCGCAACGCUUGUCCCGCUCUCCAUCGUUCUUUCCGGGCUCAUCACCCACUAUAUUCCUGGGCCACUCGGGCUGACACUCAAUCUCGUCUGCUUCUUCUUCAAUGGACUGGGUGUCGAUCUGGUGCUCAGCCCCUCCGCGGCCUAUUUUGUAGACGCCGUCCACUCUCGCAGCGCCGAGAUCAUGGCCGCGACUGUCGGCCUGCGCUCGUUCCUCCUAUCCGCCGCGAUUUCGGGUGUGCUACCGUCGCUCCACCGCUUCGGGCUUGUUGCAACCAAUACCGCGGUUGGCCUCCUCGCGUGGGCAGGUGUUGGGUUGCUGUGGCUGACAAUCCGGUUUGGCGGCAGGAUGCGCAAGUGGGUGGACGUGGGUUAUUCUACAAUCGAAACCACGUAG